AUGGUAACGAAGAAAGCUCCUGUAGAAUAUAUGAAAAUAGUGGCGAACUCCACCUGGCCAGAUAAGCCUGACAAUAUUACUUUCGAUACCCAACCAGAAUUUUCUGCCGAACAUUUAAUAAUUGCACAUGGAUUUAAAUCAGAAUCGCAUACCGUUCUAACUGGUGAUGGUUACAUGAUAACUAUGCAUCGAAUAAUGCGUGACCUCGAUAAACGUUACGACCGUGCUGUCAUACUAUAUCAUGGUAUACUUGGAAGCUCCGAAGACUGGCUACUUCUUGGUGAAAAAAGGGCGCUACCUUACUUGUUAAGUGAUGGUGGAUACGAUGUGUGGCUGCUAAAUGCACGAGGUAACAAAUACUCAAAAAUACAUACAGGGACAAGCUCUGAAAGACUAGAAUUUUGGGAUUUUUCCUGGCACGAAAUGGGUAUUUACGAUUUACCUGCAGCUUUUAAAUAUAUAAGCGAAAUUACCAAUAAAGCAGAACUCAACUUCAUAGGACAUUCUAUCGGAGCCACAGCACUACUAGUCCUUUUGUCAACGGCACCAGAAUACAACAAAGUAUUAAGAUCAGGGAUCUUACUGGCACCAUUGGCAUUUAUGUAUCAUGCAAAAGGUCCGAUCAGGCUGUUAGCAAAUUUUUAUAGCACAAAUGGUCACAGUUCUCUAAACUUCUUGGGUCAGACUGAGUUUAUGAACUCGGGGCCAUUUCCGGAGCAAAUUGUUAAAAGAUAUUGUAAAGGAGAUACAAAGUCGUGUGAAAAUCCAAUGUUACUAUUAGUGAAUGGUGGCAGUCAUUUGUUCGAGCCGAAGCUGAUGGAAGAUGUACUGGCCCAUACCCCGGGUGGCACAUCUGCAAAAACAGUAAUCCAUUAUGUGCAGUUGGCGUCUACGCACGAUAUUAGUGAAAAGGGUUCUAAGAGAUGCGUAGCGACUGAGAAGGGCUUAUACUAG